AUGGCUAUUAUAACCACAAAAGAGCUUCAUCUAUUUUACAAAAUAGACCGUGAUGUCUUCUCUUUCUUAAUUUUUAACCUUGGUCAUGACUUAACUCAAUCUCUUCUAGUCAUGGCCUUGUGGAUGUGGUUAGAAAACAUAGGCUACCCUUGCCUUAUCCCUAAAGUGUUGAGUUUACCUGAUAUUAUUGUCAAUGCUUUGGUUAAUGAAUCUGUAACUUGUCUGAAUUGCUUGGAGACUGAUAACCCUACCAUUCCAAGUGAUGGUGGCUUGCCUCUAAUGCAACAACUCAUGCAGAGAAAUAUCUCUAUACAAAUAUUCAAUCUAAAGAGGCACACUGCAAUAGCUGGUAUCAAAAGUAUUUUGACAAACACUUGUGCUCGAAUUUUCAAAGAUGUUUUGCUUACUGUUUUGAAUAGUCAAUCUAUAACAUCUUUCACAUCAUGUGCUAGCACUUCACAGACUAACACAUCAAACACUUCUCUGGUUGUUCCUGGUUUCCCUCACCCUUUGUUUGGUACCUUUGAUUUGUCACAAAAGACCGUGGAACUAGAUUGGCGUGAUGAAAGGGUGUGGAAUGGAACAUGGCCUUCUGAAGAUGUUACAAAUGAUGAUAGAUCAAUGUUCCUAACUUUUUCUAGAGGCUUCCUUGGGUCAGAAGAAGAGGUUUCACACUUUUUUGAAUGCCUUUAUGGAGAUUGUGUGCAGAGUUUAACUAUGGGAGUUGUCAACAUAAAUGAACAACAUUUGGUUGCAGUUAUGGUUUUGAAGAAAGUGGAAACUAUAGAUGAAAUUCUGAAAGGGAAUAACGUUGUAAAGCUCAAUAUGAAUGGGAAACACAUAUGGGCUCGCAAAUAUGAAUGA